CUACUCCUUUAGUUUUCACAAUUUAAUACCAUAUCCUAAAACAAUUCUCAUCCUCUCAUUUAUUCUUAACAUUGCAAAUGGCUUCAAGCACUGAAGUGUCUCAGGACAUUGUCCCCUUUAUUCGUAUCUACAAGGACGGAACAAUCGAGAGAUAUGCCGAAACCGGAGUUGCACCGGCGGGUUUAGACUCUCAAACUCGUGUUUUAUCCAAAGACAUUUCCAUCAUUUCCCCCUCCGCAAGAAUCUAUCGUCCUGAUGAUGGUUCCAUUACCAAGGGUCAAAAGCUCCCCGUUUUAAUAUACUUUCACGGCGGGGCAUUUUGUAUCGCGUCACCCGCUGAACCCAUGUACCACCAUGUGAUGAACCAGCUCGUUUCACAAGCUAAGGCCAUUGUUGUCUCGGUUGAUUACCGGUCAGCCCCUGAAAACCCACUUCCUGCUGCAUACGAUGAUUCUUGGGCUUUCCUCCAGUGGGUUUUAGGCGGUGGACGCGGCGAGCCAUGGCUCGAGGAAUAUGCAGAUUUUGAACGGUUGUUUUUAGCUGGAGACAGCGCGGGUGCUAAUAUUACCCACCAUUUAUCCUUGCGAGUCAAGAAAUCUGACUCGGGUGCGAAUACCAAGAUUAAAGGAAUCACUUUGAUUCACCCUUACUUUUGGGGUAAAGAUCCCAUUGGUAAAGAGGUUGAUGACAUUGUUAGAAAAGCAAUGGUUGAUAAAUGGUGGAUGUUCGUUUGUCCGUCCGACAAAGGGUGUGAUGAUCCGUAUAUUAAUCCGUUUGUCGAUGAAGCUCCGAGUUUAAAGGGUGUUGGUUCGGAGAAUGUGAUUAUUUUUGUUGCUGAAAACGAUAUAUUGUGCGAUAGAGGGAAGCUUUACUACGAAAAUUUGGUGAAAAGUGAGUGGCAAGGGAAGGCAGAAAUUGUGGAGACAAAAGCAGAAGAUCAUGUGUUUCACAUCUUUAAUCCUGAUUGUGACAAUGCUCAUGCCUUGAUCAACAAAUGGGCUUCUUUCAUCAAUCAAGCAUAGGUCCGACAAACUUCAUCAUCGUACUAAUUUCUAUAUAUUUUUUUUACUUAAAUCGGAUUACCAUUUAUAUAGAAAAUAGUUAUGAUUUUAACUCUUGGAAGGAGAGUUGUAUAUAAGAAAUCAUAUCUAACUAAUAAAAGAAAGUCAAAUAUUUAUGUAUGUUUUUCUUAUGAAUGCAUUGGAAGUACUAGCUAGCAACCUUAAUCACCCAACUCUCAUGUAGAAAAUGAGAAAAAAGAUCCCAUCUCCAGUCUCCAAUGACAUCCCGAUAUCUUGUAACGGUCUAGUUAGUAUUUUUUUUGUCAAAGAUGGCAAUCGACUCUUACAGACUCAAUUGUUAGUUGUUAGUUACCGAGAUGUGGUUCGAGCCCACAACCUCUCGAUACACUCAGAGACGCCUUAUCAAUUCAAGAUAGGCCCAGAUUGGCAUGGUAUAGUUAGUUUGUUGAGGAGGAAUUGGACUGAUGACUAUAUCUUCCGACGCAAUGCUAUAGUCAAGCCAUUAAUUGUCCUUCCAAAAGAAAAUUUGAUGGCCAUUACACACUGACCAAUUAACGUUACUACAGAUUCGAGCCUACAUUUUACUUAAACUAUGCCAUAAAUGAGAGCCGUUAUUUGUACUUAGUAAAAUUGUUGUUGGCACAAAUGACGGUUACCUAUAGAUGAUCAAUGUUAUUG